AAUAACGGAACGGGAAUUGCCUAUCUACAAACGAACGGACAUUGUGAAGCACGGCCACGGCGACUUUGAAUCUUUUCAUUCUGCCUCUCAUAGUCUCACUCUUGUCACUCUGAGCCCUCGACGAGCCACGUCGGUUCUGCCUUUGGUCUUCCUUCCGUCGACUCCAUCAGCGGCCGGUAGCGCAGGCCGCAGUGAUUUAUUUUUGGAAGAAGAAAGGAGGUGAACUAGAACCACUGAACCGUGAACGAGUGAAGCCCUCUUAAGAACUCAGUCCCAGAAGCUGCUGGAGCGGCUGAACCUCAAGCCUGGAGUUAGUACCUAAUUGGAUACUGCCCCUGCCCUCAAGGUAGGGUUUUAGGGAGGAGGGGGAUUUAGGGUGAUGGCUGUGGCCGACAGGAAUUGUGUCCUAUUUCCCUAUGGAGUUUUUCAGCAUUCUUUAUUGAUAUGGCGAAUAGUAAGUACGAGUACGUGAAAUCCUUUGAGGUGGAAGAUGAAAUUAUGCUACCCAACAUCAUUGUUGUCCACAUUGAUGGCCGGGAUUUCGGCAGAUUUUCUGAAGUGCAUGAGUUUGUGAAGCCUAACGACAAGAGGGCGUUAGAAUUGAUGAAUGACUGUGCCAAAACGGUUUCAGAGCAGUUCCCAGAUAUUAUUUUCUCGUACGGGUUCAGCAAUGAGUAUAGUUUCGUGUUCAAGAAGGAAACGAAGUUUUAUCAGAGACGUGCAAGCAAAGUACUCUCGCUCAUCAUCUCUUACUUCUCAUCCUUAUAUGUCACCAAAUGGAAGGAAUUCUUUCCUCAGACAGGGAUGAGAUUUCCCCCUUCAUUCCAAUCACAAGUUAUUAGCUGUGCAUCAAUGGAGGUUCUUCAAGCAUAUCUUGCAUGGAGACAGCGCGAAUGUCAUUUAAGCAACCAGUACAAUACUUGUCUAUGGGAGCUGAUUAGAAAUGGAAAAUCUGAAAAGGAAGCUCAAGAAAUACUGAAGGGAACACAUAAGCAGGACAAAAAUGAGUUGCUUUAUCAGGGGUUCAAUAUUAACUAUAAAGAACAAGAAAUCAUCUUUCGUCAAGGAACAUGUAUUCUCAAGACAGAGGUUCAACAUAUUGUGAAGUACAACCAAGAUGGUUCUCCUGUUCAAAGACUGAGGAUGAAAGCCAUAAAAGUUCAUUCAAAAAACAUAGCAUCAAGGAGCUUCUGGAAUGACUACUUGUGUCUUUGUAGAGAGCUUGGACAAUUUGCAGAGGAUGUUAACAAAAUUAAACCUGACUAUGUCAAAUCUUUCCUACAUGUAAGCAAGUUGAUGCCAUCAACUUGGAUUGUUAUUCGCGUUGAUGGUUGCCAUUUUCAUAGGUUUUCUGAUGUCCAUGAAUUUGAGAAGCCAAAUGAUGCACAGGCUCUGAACUUAAUGAAUUCAUGUGCUGUAGGUGUGCUAGAAGAGUUUGAGGAUAUAGUCUUCUCUUAUGGGGUUAGUGAUGAAUACAGUUUUGUUUUGAAGAAAGAGUCUCAGCUAUAUCAAAGGCGCUCCAGUGAAAUAGUAUCUGCCAUUGUCUCGCUAUUCUCUUCCAUGUACACCAUUAAAUGGAAAGAGUUUUUCCCACAGAAAGAGUUGAAACAUGUACCAUACUUUGACGGGCGGGCUGUUUGCUACCCAACCUCUGAGAUUCUACUAGAUUAUCUAGCAUGGAGACAAGUUGAUUGCCACAUUAACAAUCAGUACAACACUUGUUUUUGGAUGCUUGUAAAGUCCGGAAAGAGCAAAAGUGAAGCUCAGAACUACUUGAAGGGUACUCAAUCUCAAGAGAAAAAUGAACUUCUUAUGCGGCUAUCUGGCAUUAUUGAUUAUUACAACACAUUACCGCUCAUGUUCCGCCAAGGAUCCUCUGUUUUCUGGCACACGCAUGAUGACAAGAAAAUGUCGAACCAAGGUAACGAGGCUGUUGGAAAAUGCUGCAAAGUAGUAGUUGAACACUGUAAUAUAAUUGAAAAGAGUUUCUGGGAAGCACACCCAGACAUACUUGGCGAGAAGCUCAGUUGCUGUAAACCACUUGGUUGCACUUUUGCUUCGGACUCGCAUCAUUUAACAAGACGUGUAACUUGUUGCGAUUGCAAAGUCGCCAAAUUUGCCCGAUCUGAUAAUCUCUCUCCCCUGGAGCAACCUUCCACCAAUUGUCUCUAAGAUACUUACCAUGCAGUCUACCCUAUUAAUCAAGUCAUGUUUACGUUAAUAGUCAAUAACUAAGCAUGAGAUAUAUCUUGAAGUUGGAUCAGGCAUGUAUCGAGGAGACCAGUUGAAGACACUGUGACGACCAAGCAACCUUACUGAUAAAGUACAGAAAAGCCUCGCAGAACUAAUUAGCUAUCAGUUAUUGUGUGCUUUACUUGCAUAAAACUAGUUAUUUAUCCCAAUUUUAUACAAGAAAUAUCCUUCUGUUAUCAGAAUUUCCUUACAUUCUGUGGGAUAAUGACUAUUGAAAUGUAUCCCUGAUCCUAGUAAAAUGCUAGGUCGUUUCUCUCAAACUUCCUGGUGUAUUUUGGCUACUGACCAGCGCAAGUAAAUGAACAAAUUGGCUGUCUUCUUCCGGAAAAAGAAAAAAAAAAUAAAAAUAAAAAUUGUACCCAUGUAUUCCAGUCUCAUUAUGAGAUCACAAGAUUUAAAAGACAUGUAUGAUUCUAUCUUGUAGGUUAAGCUUGAA